CUUAGAUAUUUAUUUGGAAUACAUAAAGAAUCGAGGGAUUAGCAUGCUACAUAUUCGUUUCUUUCUAUCAACAUUGGACAUCUUUUCCACUUGUGUACACAAAGCUUUUCCAUUUUGGUAUCAAUAACAUUUUUAAAUUCCAAUGAAUACCAUAAUAAUAAAGAUAGAAAAAAACAAUCAUAGCUCUUGAGAGUUUUUACAACUAACAUGAUCUGAAAGCUUCCACCCACAGGUAAGAAGUUACACCAUGUGAUGUAUGAUGAUGAUGAUAAAGAAGCUACACAAUCGGGAGAUUUCUGCCCCCAUGAGAAUUUAAACGUCGUUCGAUGCAAAUUCAAUCAAAAAAAGAUAGUCAAAGCUCCAAAAAGAAAGUGGCUAUGAAAGAAAUUCAAAUAACAAGAAUGCAUCGUCGGAUGAUGAUGAAGAAAAUGUUUCAUACUUAUCUCCCAAAACAUCUAAAUUAUGAUAUUUAGUUUUCCUCCAAUAUCUUAAAAUAAACUUUAGAGAGUAAGCUUUUGAUAAUAGCAUCUUUGAUUAGCUCUCCUCAAUUGAUUACCCCAUGCUAAUAAAUAACCAAGUUCAACACUUACCAAAGAUCUCUCAUAUCAUACAAAUUAUACAUGGCCAACAUGCAGAUAGUGUUUAGCUACUUGCAUCCACGAGAGUAGCAAGUUGAGUCGAGUUCAAGAUCACAUAUAUCUCUAGGUUCUUCCAUGGCUUAACCAGGCUUGGUCCAAGGUCUAUGGGAAUUUUAUUAAUCCCUCAAUAAGUCACAAUAAUGUCACAAUUUGACUAUGAUUAAUAAUACCGAAACUAAAAAAGAUAGAUUAUUUUUCGACUCAAGUCAUCCGAAAACCGGGUGGUAUGGACCAAAAGAUGAACAACUUGGUUACAACUUUCUUGCAAAGGCUCAGACAACCUGGCCCAUGUGUUGGGCUUCAGCCCGAAUCUCCUUACAGAGUCGGCCCACUUCCAGGAGAGAAGUGGAGAGCCCGUUCAGUUUCGAUACAACUUGCAACCUCCAAGCAAUCAGUCUCGAUGAUGAUGACACGGAAAUAGCCUUUCAUUUCCACCAACCCCAAAGCAAAUCUGAUCGCCUGGAGCUCUGCGAUCUCCGGGCUCCAUCCAUUGCCGGCGAUCUCGUCUCACCGCCGCCAGCACACACUUUUCCAGCCGAGUCCAGUACCACAACCCACCCCAGCACCCGAUCCCUCCCCAUUUUCGUCAUUCUUUCCACGUUUUGUUCUCUGCUGCGUCGAUUAGUUCCUGACCCACCAGCUAGUCGAGACGAAGGAGAACAUCGUGAGAGACCACGUUUCCAGGGGGCUGACCGGCGGCGACUAAGAAGUAGGUCGACGCCGAGGUGCGUGGGACGCGAGCUUCGUAGAUCCAUCGGCGGGAGAGAGCCAGCAUCGAUACAGCUUUCAGGUUCGUUGACGAUUCGUCUUCUACGUUCUGGGUUCGUGUUUGGGGGUUUUGGUUAUAGUGACUAUCGGCUUCAUCUGCUGCAACUGAUUGGUGUAUGUAUUGUGGUUUAUACCUUUUUUCUCAUUCGGAGGGUUCAUGGGUUCUCGCUCACAAUCUACAGCUCUCGUUGGGUUUUUGUGUUCUGGGCUUUCUUCCUGCUGGUGUCUGCUCCUGCUGUCUUAGUUUGUUGUUUCAAAUUUGAACUUGUAUACACGCUGCUAAUUAGAAUAGCAUCAUGAACCAACAAAGCAUGGCAUCUCUGGGUUUAUGCUGCCUGAUGUGGAUUUAGUUAUUGGAUAUUGUGUAUGGUUGUUUCAAUUUGAUGUCAAAUCUCAGCUUUUUUAGGGUAUCCUUCCGAGAAUCAAAGAUCCGGCUGUGGAGAUUCCAGAUUCUUGGUAGCUCUGUUUGUUCUUCUUGCUUGGGUUUCAUGGGCAAUCUUUGGAUUCUAUUUUAUGCAGAUUAGUUUCAGAAAGAUUCGAGCUUUUGCUUGUUGGUGCUGAGAUUUUGGGAUAGACAUGGGGAACUGCUGCGCAAGCCCUGCUAGUAACAGUUCUCCCCAUGGGUCCCCUGGGAGAAAGAACAAACAAGAUAAAGCCAAGAACAAGAAUAAAGGCAGCAACCCAUUCUUUGGUACUGACUACGUCGUCAAUGGAUCCAGUGAGAAGCUCUACGUGUUGAAAGAACCCACAGGGCGCGACAUCUCAGCUCACUACGAGCUAGGGCGGGAGCUUGGCCGAGGAGAGUUUGGGAUCACAUAUUUGGCCACCGAAACGAGCACUAACGAUAAGUACGCCUGCAAAUCGAUCUCAAAGAAGAAGCUGAGAACUGCGAUUGAUAUUGAGGAUGUGAGGAGGGAGGUGGAGAUCAUGAAGCAUUUGCCUCAUCAUCCUAACAUUGUGUCAAUUAAAGAUACAUAUGAGGACGAUAGUGCCGUCCACAUUGUGAUGGAGCUUUGCGAGGGUGGAGAGCUUUUUGAUAGGAUUGUUGCCAGGGGGCAUUACACUGAGAGGGCUGCUGCUGCUGUUAUGCGCACGAUUGUUGAAGUUGUUCUGAUGUGUCAUAAGCAUGGAGUGAUGCACCGUGAUCUGAAGCCGGAGAACUUCCUGUUUGCGAAUAAGAAGGAAACGUCCGCAUUAAAGGCGAUUGAUUUUGGGCUGUCCGUCUUCUUUAAACCUGGAGAGAGGUUUAAUGAGAUAGUGGGAAGUCCUUAUUAUAUGGCUCCUGAGGUCCUGAAACGGAAUUAUGGCCCAGAAGUUGAUGUGUGGAGUGCUGGAGUUAUCCUCUACAUUCUGCUUUGUGGAGUGCCACCCUUCUGGGCAGAAACGGAGCAGGGCGUGGCACAGGCCAUUAUACGGUCCGUCAUAGAUUUCAAGAGGGAUCCAUGGCCUAAAGUUUCGGAUAAUGCGAAGGAUCUAGUGAAGAAAAUGCUUAAUCCUGAUCCUAAACAGCGCCUUACAGCUCAACAAGUGCUUGAACACACUUGGCUACAGAAUGCAAAGAAGGCUCCGAAUGUCCCGUUGGGCGAGACUGUGAGAACAAGGCUCAAACAAUUUUCAAUGAUGAACAAACUCAAGAAGAGAGCUUUGAGGGUGAUAGCCGAGCACUUAUCAUCAGAGGAAGUGGCUGGCAUAAGGGAGGCAUUUGACAUGAUGGACACUACCAAAAAGGGCAAGAUUAAUAUCGAUGAGCUACGAGUUGGAUUGCACAAGCUCGGCCAACAGAUUACUGAUCCGGAUCUUCAAAUCCUGAUGGAAGCUGCUGAUAUUGAUGGUGAUGGAACUCUAAACUAUGGAGAGUUUGUCGCUGUUACCAUUCACAUAAAAAAGAUGGGAAACGACGAGCAUCUGCAUAAAGCCUUUGGAUUCUUCGAUCAAAAUAAGAGUGGUUACAUCGAGACUGAGGAGUUGAGAGAAGCCUUGAAUGAUGAUAUUGACACCUGUAGUGAGGACGUUCUAGUUGCCAUCAUGCAAGAUGUUGACACAGACAAGGAUGGGCGAAUAAGUUACGAGGAGUUUGCAACAAUGAUGAAAGCAGGCACAGACUGGAGAAAAGCGUCAAGGCAAUACUCGAGGGAAAGAUUCAACAGCCUAAGCUUGAAGUUGAUGAGAGAUGGUUCAAUGCAGGUAGUUAGUUAGGCGCGAAUCAGGAGGAAAAACCAAGUGUGUCCCAAAGGCAAGAGGGGAAUCUUCUGUUGUCUGGCUUCUCUGAACUUGAUGUUACUACUUCACCAUUUUUUUUCCUUCCAUUUCUCUUGCUUCCUGGGUUGUCAUUGGGGAUGUUAGGCAGUAGAGAGAAUAAAUAGUGUGAUAUUAACAAAACUGUUCUUGUGUUUGUUUGUUUGUCCUUUUUGUGAGUUUGUUCAGAAUUCUUUUGUUGAAAAGAGUUGUAGAAAAGCAGGAAAAUCAAAGAUGUUUUUUUUUGGGGAGGAGGGGGGUGGUGGGAAUCUGUCGAGUGAGUGAGGAGGAUGGUUUGGGGAGCAACAGAAUGAACAAGUUGGUGGUGUAAAUAUAUUAUUUGAUAGUUUCAGAUGGUUAGCCUUGUUGUUGUUUCUAUUCUCUUCAGCCAAUGUUUUUGGAGAGUUUAUUAUUUGUCCAAAAUUGUUGAUUUGAUAACCAUUUAUUUGUUCCUCACUGUUCUGUCCAUAACUCGUCGAUAUACUCUAAUACUUCAUUGUUCUUGCCGAUUCGAUAUCAGUUAUCUUGCUACUUAGAACUAAGAUCCAAGAUGUUUACUUGGUUUCUAGUUUGAUGAUUUCCAGCAGUAGAGAUCAUUUUACUGAAUAUCUCAAGUUUCUCUUUAUUUUCAUGUAAUUUUUUUCUAUAUUUUCCAGCUGCUGGGGAGAAAUGUGGCGGUAGGUGAGAGUGGACGGAUGAAAGGUUGAAUUCAUCAGGAUCAUAAUGUAUAUAGUAACCAAUUCCCAUGACAAAACUGACAUGAUUUGCUGAAAACAGCAUGUAAUCGCCCAAAACAUUGCUGAAACAGAACACAUAUACUACAACAAAUAAAUUAAGUAAAC